AUGGAUAGCUCCCAGGCGCCGCUGAUCUCGAGCAACCGCCACGAUGACGAUGCGCCAUACGAUGCCGUUGACGACGAGCCUGGAUCGAGAGCUUCCCCAGCGAAGGCGACGGACGGCCAUCCUGGCCUGUUUGUUUUGAUUUUAACCUUUGCUGCCGGCAUAAGUGGACUCUUGUUCGGAUAUGAUACCGGUGUCAUAUCUGCCACGCUCGUCUCGAUUGGAAAGGCGCUGUCGGACCGAGAUCUUACUUCGAUGGACAAGUCGAUCAUCACGUCGUCAACCUCUUUGUUUGCGCUUCUCAUAUCGCCGUUCUCGUCCAUCAUUGCCGACCGGCUAGGCCGCAAACGAGUCAUUCUAUACGCCGAUGUUCUGUUCAUCGUCGGGGCAGUUCUACAAGCCGUCAGCUCUACUGUGCCGGUCAUGGUAGCCGGCCGCUGCAUUAUUGGCGCCGCGGUGGGAGCGGCAAGCUUUGUGGUGCCUCUAUACAUUGCCGAGAUUGCGCCGUCGUCAUACAGAGGCCGUCUGGUGACUAUCAAUGUGCUCUUCAUCACGCUUGGGCAGAUGGCGGCGUACAUCAUUGGCUGGGCGCUGUCUACAUAUGCGUCAAAAGAGACUGGGUGGCGGUGGAUGGUGGGAUUGGGUGCGCUACCGGCGGGUUUGCAGGGUGCUCUUGUCGCCUUCAUGCCAGAGACACCGCGCUGGUUGGUCAAUGGCGUCCAAGGACGAUUUGAUGGCACUGCAGAUGCUAUUAUCAAGGAGAUUGAGAUUGAAGUCCGCGAAGAGGAAGAGGCACGGCAUCUUCAAGACCGCCAGGCAUCAGGCCCUUGGAAGGGACUCGCUAUUGCGUGUCUCCUACAGGGGCUGCAGCAGCUGUGUGGUUUUAACUCGCUGAUGUAUUUCUCGGCCACCAUAUUCUCCAUCAUGGGGUUUGAGAGUCCUACACUGACAUCUCUCAUCGUUGCGAUUACUAACUUUGUCUUUACGCUUAUUGCCCUGGGCCUCAUCGACCGUAUCGGCCGCCGACGCAUCUUGCUAUACUCGAUACCCUUCAUGGCUUUGGGCCUGCUGUUAGCCGCAGCCGGUUUCUCAUAUCUAUCUCUGGAACCGUCACCAGUAACUCGUGAUGACGAUGCCACGGCACCAGCAGGCGAAGGCAACGUGCCAUGGAUGCAGAGCGAGCUGUUUCCUUUGUCUGUCCGUUCAGUGGGCAGCGGAGUUGCGACGGCAACCAACUGGGCAGCAAACUUUGCUGUUGGCUUGACAUUUCUGCCGCUGAUGGAUGCACUGAGUCCGUCGUGGACGUUUGUUCUUUACGCGGCGGUCUGUGCCGUUGGGUAUGGCCUUGUUUGGCGGAUAUAUCCCGAGACGGCCGGUUUGAGUCUGGAGGAGGCCACGGCGUUGCUAGACAACGGAUGGGGCGUGCGACGAUGA